GAUUCGCCAUCUCUGAAUAUCAAAUCCACAAAAUCACCAGUUCAUCAGCAACCAUGGCUACUAUGACCCUAACAGAGACCCCGUACAAGAGACGACUGCCCAAAAAUGUCAAGCUUCCUCCCGAGAACGAGCGCAACAUGCGCGCUUGCGCAGAUAUUGCCUCUGCACUCAUCCAGGACUAUGAAGCGCAGGUUGACGGCUCCAAGCCGAAAAAGGACUUGAACUUGAAUCACUUGAGAAGUCAGAUAGCAAAGAAGCAUUACUUGAGGAGUCAACCGCCUCUUACAGCGAUCAUUGCGGCAGUGCCAGAGCAUUACAAAAAAUACAUCUUGCCAAAGCUGAUUGCGAAGCCAAUCCGUACAUCAUCAGGCAUUGCAGUAGUAGCUGUUAUGUGCAAGCCACAUCGCUGCCCACAUAUCUCUUACACAGGCAACAUUUGCGUCUACUGCCCAGGAGGACCAGACUCGGAUUUUGAGUACUCAACUCAGUCUUACACAGGUUAUGAACCAACAUCUAUGCGCGCCAUCCGAGCGCGAUAUGAUCCGUAUGAGCAAGCCCGAGGACGAGUCGAUCAGAUCAAGUCACUUGGCCACAGUGUCGACAAGGUUGAGUACAUCAUCAUGGGCGGCACAUUUAUGUCAUUGCCAGAAUCAUAUCGGGAUGAGUUCAUUUCGCAGCUACACAACGCGCUCUCUGGGUAUCAAACGAAAGAUGUCGACGAAGCUGUUGCCGCGGGUGAGAUGAGUAAUAUCAAGUGCGUUGGCAUCACCAUUGAGACACGACCGGACUACUGCCUGGACCAGCAUCUAUCGUCUAUGCUGCGAUACGGCUGUACACGUCUCGAGAUUGGAGUCCAGUCCCUCUACGAAGACGUAGCACGCGACACUAACCGCGGACACACUGUUGCCGCUGUAGCAAAAACAUUUUGUCUUUCCAAAGAUGCCGGCUUCAAAGUAGUCUCGCAUAUGAUGCCCGAUCUCCCCAACGUAGGCAUGGAGCGCGACCUUGACCAGUUCGUCGAGUACUUCUCGAACCCCGACUUCCGCACUGAUGGACUGAAAAUCUACCCUACACUCGUCAUCCGCGGCACAGGACUUUACGAACUCUGGCGGACAGGCCGCUACAAGAACUACACACCAAACGCACUUAUUGACAUCGUGGCACGCAUUCUCGCCCUGGUACCGCCAUGGACACGAAUCUACCGUGUGCAGCGCGAUAUCCCCAUGCCGCUGGUCACAUCGGGUGUUGAGAACGGCAACCUACGAGAACUGGCUCUUGCGCGAAUGAAAGACUUCGGCACGACAUGUCGCGAUGUGCGAACUCGAGAAGUCGGCAUCAACGAAGUGAAGCACAAGAUCCGACCAGACCAGGUUGAACUUGUGCGCCGCGACUACACGGCCAACGGAGGAUGGGAAACAUUCCUUGCGUAUGAGGAUCCAAAGCAGGAUAUCUUGAUCGCGCUUCUACGUCUGCGCCAGUGUUCGAAGGAACACACGUUCAGGCCGGAGCUUACGGGACAACCUACUUCGCUGGUGCGCGAGCUGCAUGUCUAUGGCUCGGCGGUGCCAGUGCAUGCCAGAGACCCAAAGAAGUUCCAGCACCAGGGUUUUGGUACGUUGUUGAUGGAGGAGGCGGAGCGGAUCGCAAGGGAAGAGCACGGAAGUAGCAAGAUCAGCGUCAUUUCUGGCGUUGGCGUGAGGAGUUACUAUGCGAAGCUGGGCUACUGGCUUGACGGGCCGUAUAUGAGCAAGACGCUUGAGCCUGUUUGGGAGAGGGAGUGGUAGACAUGCUUCGAAUGAUCAAGCCUCGAUGGCGUUCAGACACGGAAACGGGCAUCAUUGCACACUCGAACAGGCAUGAUAAUUCGAUAAAAUACAAUCAAUACUAACAUAUAUUUGCAAACC